GGUAUAUAUGCAUAAACAAAACAAAAGAUGUUAUGUUGCCACGAUGUCGAUGUCGUGUUACAAAUUAGAAAUUACCCCGCUUAUUAGUUUCUACUAGUACGUUGAUAAUCAUAAAAAGGACAAAAUAUGGAUAACCACUUAUGAGGGGAAGAGAAUUAGUGUGUAGUGGACUAGUAAAAACAAAAUUGGAGCCUAGCUCGGAGCAGUAACAACCAUCAAUCCAUCAGUACUAACAGGUUCCUUAUUGGUGAUUAAAAUUUCUGAGCAAAUUUCCUUCUUUUUUCUUAAUCAACAAAAAAUGGCAGAAGCAAUCCCAUUUGGUAUUGCAGAAAAGAUAUUGAUGAAGUUGGGUUCAUCGGCUUUUGAACAUCUGGCUUUGAUCAGUGGCAUAAAGGAUGAAGUGAGGAAGCUUUGCAACACGUUGACUACCAUCAGGGCUGUGCUUGUUGAUGCAGAUGAGCAGCAAGAAAAGAGCUUUUUGGUGAGAAACUGGAUCAAGAAUCUUAAAGAUGUUGUGUAUGAUAUUGAUGACAUCUUGGACGAAUUCUCAACCAAAGCCUCCAAAUCUGAGCCAGACUUUGCUGCAAGAAUGAAAACUCAGGUCAGUCAGUUGUUCUCAUCCUCAAAUCAAGUUGUUUUUCGAUACAAGAUAGGUAAAAGGAUUAGAAAUGUCACAGAGAGAUUAGAUGAGAUGGCUUCUGAUAUGGCUAAGUUCAGCUUUACUGAAAGAUAUGAUCAGGUUAGAAUUAGGAGCAGAGAUAGAGAAAAAACACAUUCUUUUGUGUUAGCCACAAAUGUGGCUGGAAGAGAAGAGGACAAAGAAGAAUUGGUGAAGUUAUUGAUUAGCCCGAGUGAGGAAGAGUGUGUUUCAGCUCUGGCAAUUAUUGGUAUAGGGGGUCUUGGCAAGACUACACUGGCAAAAUUAGUCUACAAUGAUGAAAGAAUUGUUGAAACUUUUGAGCUGAGGACUUGGAUAUCUGUUGCUGAUGAGUUUAAAGUAGAAUCAAUCCUUGAGAAGAUAUUGUCAUCUUCGGGUGAUCUUGAAAUGGAUGCGGAACAUCAAGGGCUAUUGGAUGAGAUAGAGAUUGAACGGCUUCAGAUACUUGUCCGGAGAAAACUUGAUGGGAAGAGGUAUUUGUUGGUGAUGGAUGAUGUAUGGAGUGAAACUCGCGAGAUAUGGAUUCAGCUGAGUGAGCUGCUGUUUGGUGGUGCCGAGGGAAGUAAAAUUGUAGCGACAACGCGUAGCCAAAAGGUCGCAUUUGCUAUGGAUGCAGAAUGUAUGUUCAUGUUGCAGCGGUUACCAGAAGAUGCAAGUUGGUCAUUGUUUAAACAGCUUGCAUUCAGAAAGGGGCAUGAGGAUAAGUAUCCUAACCUUAUGAAGAUAGGGGAAAGUAUUGUUAAAAAGUGCUAUGGAGUUCCACUGGUUAUAAGAACAUUAGGAAGCAUGCUGAGAUCCACAAAGGAAGAGAAAGAGUGGUUGUUAGUUCAGAAAAAUGAAAUUUGGGAACAUCAUGAUAUCAUGAAGAUAUUGAAAUUAAGCUAUGAUCAGUUGCCAAGUGAUCUAAAGCAAUGUUUCACCUACUGUUCAUUGUUCCCCAAGGGCUAUGAAUUUGAAAUUCAGGGCCUGAUUCAAUUGUGGAUGGCACAAGGUUUCAUUAGUCAAUCUGAAAUGGGAAAACAGCUGGAAGAGACAGGAAUUCAGUAUGUUGAGGAGUUGACCUUGGGGUCUUUCUUUGAGGAUGUUAAAAGAGAUGACAAUCAGAAUGUGACAAGUUGCAAAAUGCAUGACCUGAUGCAUGAUCUUGCAUGCUCAAUUGCAAAACCUGAAUUAUGCGUCGCAGAAGCCGAUGGAAGGGACAUUUCUGGAAGGGUUCAGCAUGUAUCCUUUGGGACUUAUUUGCCGUUCUCUUGGACUCUACCGCCAUCAUUGCUCAAAGUGAAGAAAGUAAGGACAUUAAUGUUCCCACUUCAGUAUCAAAUGGGAUGCAGGAUUUCUGAUGAGGAGAUCUUCGCAUCCCUUAUGCGACUGCGCGUGUUGGAUUUACAUAAUCAAAGGAUUGAAAAGUUGUCAAGAGCAAUAGGUGAGCUGAUCCAUUUGAGGUAUCUAGAUCUUUCAAAGAAUGUGAUGACCUCUCUUCCCAGGUCUAUCGGAAAGCUACAAAAUUUACAGACUUUGAAACUUGAGAGAUGUUACAAACUCGAAAAACUACCAGUUGAGAUAAGCAGAAUUGUUACUCUGAGAUACCUUGAGAACAGCAAAUGCAACAAGCUGAAUCACAUGCCACAGGGAUUUGGCAAAUUGACUUCUCUCAGGACACUACCAAGAUUUGUCCUGGGGAAAAGCUCUUCCAUCUCCAAAUGCGGCGGAUUGGGCGAGUUGAAGUACCUAAACAACCUGAGGGGAGAAUUGAGUAUCAUAAACCUUGAGAAUGUCAAUGAUAUCAGAGAAAGUGAAAAUGCAAAUCUGAAAGACAAAGAAUACCUAUAUUCUUUGAGAUUGAGUUGGUGCAGAGAAGCUGAUCAUGGUCAAGAAUGUGAAGAAGAUGCAGCAAUAUUAGAAUCUCUACAACCUCACAUGAAUCUGCGACAGCUGCAUAUAUCAGGAUAUGGGGCUAUCAAAUUCUCCACUUGGAUGAACACUGAAAAUAUUUCAUUACUCCCAAAUCUUGUAACAAUCACCAUUGAGAGGUGUUUUCGAAGCGAGGAACUCCCAUCAUUUGCAGAACUUCCUGGCCUUAAAGUCCUCAAACUCUUCUCCUUAAAUGAGCUGACUAGCAUCUACCGAAACUCCAACUCUUCAUCAUCAACAUAUUAUCCAGCCUUGAAAGAACUUGUACUGUUUGACUUGCCUUUACUGAGAGACUGGCCAAAACCAGAAGAGAAAGUUCAGCCAUCUCUGAUGAAGAAAACAGAAUGCUUUCCAUGCCUCACCAAGCUGAUGAUUACAGAUUGCCCAAACUUGUUAUCACUGCCAUGUCCUUCAUCUUUGGAAGAAUUGGUGAUUCACAACACUGCAGAUAAGCUUCAGUCUUCACUAACUAAUAAUGUACAGGCAGCAUACUUCCAAUGUUCCUGAUCAGCAUGAAAUCCAGUUUAGUUACAUCUCCAACAUUUUAGCUAAGAGGUUGUUACUAGCUAUAUUGAAUUCUAGGAAAAGCAAAACCCACAUCACCCAAUCAGCAUGAGACGCGUGUAGGAAAGGCACCGGUACACUUACAUUCCCCCUCUUAACUAUAUGUAGACAUAUAUUCGUGGUAGAAUAUUUGUCACGAUACAAAUGUCUCCAUAUUCGGUGAAAUCCAAAUGAAACAACUUCAUUAUGACAAAA